GAGAAGGUGCUGAGAGAGGGGCUGCUGGAGAAGCGUAGUGGGGGGCUGCUGCAGCUCUGGAAGAAGAAGAGGUGCCUGCUGACAGAGAAGGGGCUGCAGCUCUUCGAGCCCAAGGGCUCGCGGUACAAGGAGCUGAGCUUCGCCCACAUGAAGGCGGUGGAGUGCGUGGAGUGGAAGGAGCGGCACAUCUACUUCACGGUGGUAAUGGACAACAGCCACGAGAUCGACUUCCGCUGCACCCAGGAGGACCCCGGCUGGAACGCCGAGAUCACCAUGGGCCUGGUCCGCUUCAAGAACCAGCAGGCGAUCCAGGUCGUCCGCGCCCGGCACAGCUGCCGAGCAGUGGUGCAGUUUGAGGCAGCCCCGGCAGGACAGCCCAUGGACGCACAGCAUCCAAAGAGCAGGAUGGAGGUGGCCCUUGGCUCUGCUGGCAGUGGGGAGAAUGGAAUCCCGGUGGCCAAGUGA